AUGAACUCCCCCGUGCCUAGAAACAUCAUUCUUCUUUUGGUGGCCAUUUUCCUCUUCAAUCUUGAUUUUGCGAGCCCGUUGCUGAUCUCCCCCGCAUCAUCAUCGUCGCACCUUUUACCCCGCGGCAACAUCACUGAUGAUGGAAGCCUCUCCGACCCUCUCGUCACGGUGACCCCCGUCGCCUUUGAUAUCCGACUGCCAUGGUGGACCGACGUUCCCGGAACUGCCAUUAGCCUCCUGAUCGCUGCCGUGACCGUGAGCGGAGGCUGGGUCCGCCCCAGCAAAGGCGACGUCCCGCUCGCAAAGGCAUCCUUUGCAUGGAACUGCUUCACCACGGUCCUCCUCUUUUUCCAAUCCCUAUCUGGCCUCAUCCCUCUUGCUGUCCUUCCGGAGCUGCGACCGCGCCUGGGUGGGAAUAGUUUUGCGGCGCUGUUCGCAAACAGCAUCAAGUUGUGGGAUCAAGCACUUCUGGAACACCCAAAGACGCUCCUCGUCGCUGGCUGGAUCAACAUUACCCUCUCGCUCCUCGCAUUCGUGCUCUUCUCCCUUCCCGUCAUCGGCUCGGCGCCCCUCUUCCAAGUCUCCUCUCCGUUUUGUACCUGGGUCCUCAACGACGGCACCGGCUUCCAGACGACAAGCCACGUCACCGCUUCCUCCGAUGCCGUAUGUGGCGUGUUCAACUGGCUGAAUCAAUCAAGUGUCUCGCCGACCUCGACCAUCUCACAGACGCAAAUCCGCUGCGCCAAUGCAGAUGCUCUGAGGCUUGGUUAUACGGGCGCGUAUAAUACCCUCACCACCAUUGGAGACUAUGCACACUUGGCGCAAUCACCCUGGUUAGGUUGGGCCUUUGCCGUCAUUGUUGCAGUGCUCUUGAUUCUCACUGCGAGGAUGCAAUGGCGGAGAAAUCUCUAUCGCCCUGUCCCUUUUCGAGAAGACGAGACAGAGGACAGAACAGAACGUUAG